AAAAAAAGUAAACAAUACGAAGUACCCAAUGAAAGUGGGAGCUGACGCCAAGAAUUUUGGAAUAUGAUCACAGUAAAGGAAGGAAUUCUGGGACGAUGAUCAAUUUCAGGCUUCGUUUCUAUGUUUGAUCUCUGAUGAUAUCCGAGAAACGAAGACAUGUUUGGCUGCAAAUGCUUGUACUGGAGCGGUGUCGAUAAUUUCUCCCCUACUGAGCCUGAAACUUUCUCCCUGCCAGCACCAAUUCCCCAAUGGCCUCCAGGUCAAGGAUUUGCUUCUGGAAGAAUAAAUCUAGGAGAAAUAGAAGUUACUAAAAGCUUCCGGCUCGAAUUCAUCUGGGGUUAUAGUCCAUCGCAAGACAAAAAGAAGGGCAUUUCAUUUUAUAAACCAGUUGGAAUACCUGAUGGUUUUCAUUGCCUUGGUCACUACUGCCAGUCUAAUUCUAAACCUUUCAGAGGUUAUGUUCUACUGGCUAGAGAAUUAGCUUCUUGCGAACCAAGUGAAAAUGUGCUUAGCCCUACUAACCUACCAAUUGAUGCUACUGGCUCAAAUUCUAGUGGUGGAACAAAUGAUGGUGAGUUUGGGAUAGAUUUGCCAGCUGAUGAACGGAGAAACAGUAUUAUCUAUGGAAAUUUAGGGAGUGCUAAACUUUAUGUACAUAUGAAGCCUGCUCUUGGUGGGACUUUUACUGAUAUUGCAAUGUGGGUCUUUUGUCCGUUUAAUGGACCAGGCACCCUUAAAAUUGGACAAAUGAAUAUGCCUUUUAGCAAGGUUGGACAACAUCUAGGCGAUUGGGAACAUUUCACUCUCCGAAUCUGCAACCUUACUGGAGAACUAUGGAGCAUAUACUUCUCCCAGCACAGUGGUGGUGAAUGGGUGGAUGCUUAUGAUUUGGAGUAUAUAGAAGGUAAUAAAGCCAUUGUCUAUUCAUCAAAAAAUGGACAUGCAAGCUACCCUCAUCCUGGAAUCUAUCUUCAAGGAUCGAUUAAGCUUGGAAUUGGAGUAAGGAAUGAUGCUGCACGUAGUAGUCUAUACGUGGAUUCGAGCAGCCAUUAUGAGAUUAUUGCAGCAGAAUAUCUUGGUGAUGGAGUUGUUGCUGAGCCUGGUUGGUUGCAGUUCAUGAGAGAAUGGGGUCCUAAAAUUGUCUACGGUUCAAGCACUGAACUGAAUAAGGUGAUUAAACGCUUACCUUUGUUGUUCAGAUUCCGAGUGGAGAACAUGUGUUGCAAGUUACCAAUGGAGUUAUACGGAGAGGAAGGCCCUACUGGACCCAAGGAGAAGAACAACUGGGUGGGUGAUGAAAGAGGCUAGAUUUAAACUUUGAUGGAGUUUGCUUCAUCUUCAACUCAUGUAUUUAAGUUACGUGGUCGCUACAAUUUAUUGAUUGCAUAGCAGAUCAUCUAAAUUUACUAGAUUUAUCAUUCUUGAUGUAAAUAUUAAAGAGGGUUCUGAUAGAAUUUCUGUUUAAGUUAAAGGAAUGAUUAAGAAAUCAAGUAGAACCCAGCAGCAGGUAUCUGCAAUCUGAUACAGUUAUUUGAUUGUAUGGUGAAAAGGUAAGUUGAUAAUGGAGAUUAGAAGAGGUCUGGUCUUUCCACUUCCAGUA